GACUUGCGCGCUGUAGUCUUUGCGCGCGGUGUUGGGUUUAACCUGUAGGUUUUCGACUUUCUCCAGUCGCCAUCAUGUCUUCAGGUAAAGAUCCUAGUAGUUAUGGUGGUCAUGGAGGAGGACAACAGCCACAAAGCUAUCCUGGAUAUGGAAAUCAAGGCAACCAAAAUUCUGGACAGCCAGCACAAGCUUAUUCUGGCUAUGGGCAGACAGCAGAACAGUCAUCCUAUGGAGGUUACAGUUCAGGCUAUGGACAAAGUCAUUCAGGUUUUGGGCAGCCAUUACAAGGUCAGAGCAGCUCUGGCCAUGAUAACCAACAAUCUUAUGGAAAUUAUGGGCAACAGGGUGCAGAUUCAAAAGGAGGGUAUGGUGGAAGACUUGACACUUCAUCAAGUGAGCAAAAAUAUCCGCAACAAGACUCAUAUGGUCAGAAGCAGCAAUUGGGCUAUGGAGAGACACCACAGCAAGGAUCCUAUGAUCAGCCAGGAUAUGGUCAGAAACCACGAUCAGCGUAUGGGGAGCAAUCACAGCAAGGACGCAAUGACAAGACUGGGGGCUAUGAACAGCAGCAAUCUUACCAAUCACGGAAAGAAGGCUAUGGCCAUUCCUCUCAAGAAGAUGAUCGUGGGGACUCAGGCAGGUAUGGUGGUGGUCGAGGGCGUGGUGGUUUCGACUCGCAGCGAAGGGGCUACCCAGGUGGCAUGAGCGGUGGUGAUCGAGGUGGCUCCAAAAAUUUUGGUGGUCCCAAAGAUUUUGGAAGCAAACAAGAUAACGAUGAUAAGGAUAACGCUGAUAAUAACACCAUAUUUGUCCAAGGCUUGGGUGAAGAUGUUUCAGAAGAACAAAUUUCUGACUUCUUCAAGCAGAUUGGCAUUAUUAAGAUCAACAAAAAGACUGGAAAACCAAUGAUAAAUCUCUAUGCAGACAAAGAAACGGGCAAAUCAAAAGGUGAAGCCACAGUGUCCUUUGAUGAUCCUCCAUCAGCUAAAGCAGCAAUUGAGUGGUUUGAUGGUAAGACGUUUCUUGGCAAUGCUAUUAAAGUUUCCUUUGCGACUCGGAGGCCAGAGUUCAUGAGAGGAGGUGGUGGUGGAGCAGAAGGAGGAGGUGGAAGACGUGGAGGUGGUCACAGAGGUGGUGGCUUUGGAGGCCGUGGUUCUUUCAGAGGUGGCAGCGGUGGUCCUCAGAAUGGUGACUGGGUUUGCCCAAAUCCCUCCUGUGGUAAUGUCAACUUUGCAAGAAGAGAUUCUUGUAACAAGUGCAGUGAGCCCAGACCAGAAGAUUCAAGACAUGGUGGAGAUCGAGGACGAGGUGGCUAUGGAGGAGAUAGAGGGUAUAGAGGACGUGGAAGGGGAGGUGACAGAGGUGGUGGAUAUGGGGGUAAAAUGGGAGGCCGGAAUGACUACAGAAGUGACCAGCGUAACAGACCUUAUUGAAGCUUGUCUUUUGCUUUAAAAGUGACCUCCAUAUAUUUAGAAUUAUGUCAUAUGCCUCAUACUUUGUUUUGUUUUUGACUUCCCCUAAAAUGUGAGAACAUUUUUUUUCUUUUGCGUGUCCUAAAAUGUAACAGAUUUACAGAUGUCUGCCCCUAAAUACAUGGAUUUGAUCAAUGCGAAACCUGCCAAUAGAUGUUUUGUAAUACAAUAAAUAAGAAUUGUUUUUAUUUA